AUAGCAACGGUUUGUUGAUAGCUGAGUGUCCGGAGUUCAUGGCAAUAUGAAACUCAAGCGGUUCCUUCUCAGGUAUUAUCCACCAGGUAUAAUCUUGGAAUAUGACAAAGGAGGAUAUUCGAGGACCAAAUCAAUCGACCUUUUGGAUUUGACUCCAGGAGCAAACCCAGACGAGCUGUUGGCAGAAAUCAGGCAAUCAGAGCCUCUGAUCACAGAGUCCAGGGCUGAACAGGUCAAACAGCUGAUCAUUCGACUUCAGCAGAAACAGGGCCAGCAGGACCACCACAGGUUCUGUUUCUCCAAGGAGCUUAAGGCACACAUACUCCCACUGACCAAUGUUGCCUUUGACAAAUCAGGGUCGAGGUUUAUAACUGGGAGCUAUGACAGGACAUGUCGAGUUUGGGACACAGCCUCAGGCACAGAGCUGCAUACUCUAGAGGGUCACAGAAACGUUGUGUAUGCAAUUGCCUUCAACAACCCCUAUGGAGACAAGAUUGCCACCGGCUCUUUUGAUAAGACCUGCAAACUGUGGUGUGCAGAGACGGGAAAAUGUUUUCAUACCUUUCGUGGACACAGGGCAGAAAUAGUGUGCCUGUCGUUCAACCCCCAGAGUACACUGGUGGCCACAGGCAGCAUGGAUGCCACUGCCAAGCUGUGGGAUGUGGAGACUGGAGAAGAGGUGGCCACUCUGACUGGUCACACUGCAGAGGUCCUCUCUCUGUGCUUUAACACAGUGGGUAACCAACUUGUCACUGGCUCCUUCGACCACACAGUAGCUAUAUGGGAUGUUGCUUCAAGACAACGUGUUCACACUCUGAUUGGUCACAGGGGGGAGAUCAGCAAUGUUCAGUUUAACUGGGAUUGCUCCCUCAUAGUCACAGGCUCCAUGGACAAAACCUGCAAGUUGUGGGAGGCCGUCAGUGGGAAGUGUGUGGCCACCCUAGUCGGACACAAAGAAGAGGUGCUAGAUGUGUGUUUUGAUUUAAGUGGUCACCUCAUUGCUACUGCCUCUGCUGAUGGUACAGCGCGAGUAUUCAGUGCAACCACACACCAGUGUCUCUUGAUCCUAGAGGGCCACGAUGGAGAGAUCUCCAAAAUCUGUUUCAGCCCCCAGGGCACCAGGGUCCUGACUGCCAGCUCAGACAAGACAGCUCGUCUGUGGGAUGUUCUGUCUGGAGCCUGCCUACAAGUUCUGGAGGGGCACACCGACGAGAUCUUCUCCUGUGUCUUCAACUAUGAGGGUGACACUAUCAUUACAGGCAGCAAGGAUAACACAUGCCGGAUCUGGUACUGACCCUUCCCUUCACCACGUAGUGGCUCAGGCAGACUAUACAUGAACACAACGAUCAAUUUGCAUUGCCCAGGUAUGGGCCUAUAAAAAAAAUCUGCAGUCACGUUGAGGUAAUAGUCUGGUGAGGUUAAAGGGGAUAACAAAUCAUCAUCACUUGGUUAUAUACUGUUUCCCUAAUGAUCCUCCUGUUACUGAAUCGGUUUGAAGCUCUGCUUGUUCCCUGACUCUACUUACUUCAUACUGUGGCUUGACCAGUAGACCUAGCUUUUUGCUGACCUGUUUGGUAACUCUCAAGUAAUUUGAAUUCUUCAACCACAUUUCUGGAAUAGCUUCACAUUUUGGGACAUAGGCUUUCUUGCUGCGCAUAUUACGAGAACAUUGAUUGACAUCACUGACUUUAACGUCUGUGCAUCAAUUUUAGACCUUAAGCAAGGAGCCAAUUAGCUUAGCUUAGCAUAAAGACUGGAAGAAGCGGGCCACAGCUAACCUGGCACUGUCCAAAGUUAUUAACACACUUCACAGUUACAGAACUUAAGGCUGCAAAACCAACAACUGUUUUUACAUUUCUGCUUGUGUCAGUGGCUCUUUCCCCCUGCCUAGUUAGUAGUUGCUAUGCUAGGCUCAAAUAGCAGCUGCAAACAUCCUUUUUGACACGAGAACAGUUGGAAAAGACAGUGAGCAAGUAAGCAUAUUUCCCAAAAUGCCAGACUAGUUCUUUGACGGUUAUUGGUAAAAUACUAUGUGAACCUGAUUUGUGAAGAUAACGGUUUCUAAAUGUGCGCUAGACUCUGCUGUACAUUCAGUACAUGCUGCAUCCACUGAAACCUUUGUAUUUAAUCAUAUACAUACCUGAGCAUUAUUGUAAAUGUUUGCCUAUUCCAUCUUCACAAGCCCAUUAUCAGCUAACAUAGGUAAUGUGAUGUUUUUGUUCCCACUGCCUUGUAUGUUUCUGUGAUGUGUACUAAGCAGUAUUAUCUGAAAGCACAAUACAUAAUGAUGAAUGUUUAUUCAGUAGCUUCCUAGCUGGUAUUCAAAUGUGACAAACCUCCCCAAAGAUCAUAUAGCUGUGGUUUUACAGUCUCACUUACAUGCGCUUUUGAGAGAACCAGGUAAUACUGAUGAGGAUAAAUGUGCUACUAAACAGUAUUCAGUUGUUUUUCUGCUGAAUGUUCUGAAUGAUCAAGACUGCUUGUAUUUCACAUCACAGAAAUUUAUUGAUGUCAAAAGAUAAAUACAUUCAGUUCUACCGUGACAGAGUUUA